AUGGUAUGGGCGGAGACAGCCAAGUUCCCGCCCUCCCAAGGCAGCAAAAAGAAAGAGCGCGCCAGCAGGAAGGAUUUCCUUAGCGUGUGCUUGGCACCACUAUGGGGAAGCGCUCCCAAAUGGUUGCUGCUUAUUGAAUUCAUAGAAUACUAUAGAUUGCAGGGUGUCGAACAUUCAUAG